AAACUGAACAAGAAGCAAGCAAAGAUCAAUGUUGAGUCUGGGGACCGAUUGCGCAGCCAACAAGACAAUCACAGAUUUGUCCUCGAUUGCUCGAAAUGAUGGCCCUCACAUGCUUGACGCCAAUUCGCGAAUCGCUAGUACCCGCUGCUAUCACGCCCCGGCUGCUAUUUGUCAGCACUGUUCGGGAAUUGGGAAGCAGUUUAAGAAAGCCUGAGUGGGCGCAUCGGGGCUCCAUUUGGAAUAUGGCAGAGUACCAUCCAUCUCAGGAGCUGCAAGGGCGGUCCGGUGGCUUUCGACUCCCAGUAAUGGGGCGUCCUCAACGUCAGGUUCCUCGAUGCAGCUCCAUGGACAAAGGUAGCCAACCCACGCAGUCUUCUUCAACAUCCGUAUGGCCGCUGGCGUCUUGUGGCCCCCUCCGUAGUUCGCUUUGCGAGAUAUCUCGUAAAAGGACUUCCAGUGGAUCAGCCGGAACGGGGCUUCCGUCGAGCCACUUUCGAUUGCAGCCAACAGCAUCAACGAGCUUUCUUCGAAGCGGCGAUGUUCAUCGAUAUGAAAUGCGCAGCUUUCGCCCAGUCCUUUAGUCGUGCAGUGAUGAUACGACCUUUCAGGUUACCCAAGAGCGAUGCCUUCCUGGAUUGUGUUGGAUUCGAGGGUCUGAAAGCUCACGAGAUCACCAACUCUGGGAGGACGAUGGUUAUCUGUGAAUUUGGCGGGUACAACUAAAAGAAUUUAAGUAGGUACGCAAGCCUAAGCGCUUGAAUACUUACGCCAGAAUAGGAAUUGAAAAGCCAUUCUCGAAGUAGUUGUAUGCGAUCUUGUCAUAUGG